UGCUGCCGCUUUCCGGUUCCUUCUGCAGCGGGUGUCGCAGGUGCACAGCCUAGUCGCGGACGUUGCCGACCGAGGCUGUCCGAGCGGCAGGCGGUGGGAAGUGCAACCAUGCCGCGGUAUUACGAGGACAAGCCAGACGGCGGCGCGUGUGCCGGCGUGAAGGAGGACCUGGGCGCAUGUCUGUUGCAGUCCGACUGUGUGCUUCAGGAAGGAAAAUCCCCUCGGCAAUGUCUGAAGGAAGGACACUGCAAAGCUCUGAAAUAUUCAUUUUUUGAAUGUAAAAGAUCAAUGUUGGAUGCCAGAUCAAGAUUCAGAGGAAGAAAAGGAUAUUGAUAAGUAUUAUGUUGAAACCAAGAUGGAAACAACAAAGGAUUUCCUCUGGUCAUUAAAACACAGAAACCAAGAUAGGAAAUGUACUUUUAUCUUAUACCUGUUCGGUUAGACCACAGAACCCUGGAGAGAAUGGAUGAGUUCUGGUUUUGAAUAUGUAUAAAGUAGAUUUUUCUCUUGCUCUAAGUUAUUUUUAGAAGGAAAAUUUAAUUGACUAGUUACGAGUGCAGAGUAUAAUAAAUGUGUUUUAAGAAUUAUUCUAAAGCACAAAGAUUGUUAUUUCCAAACUUGACCCCUUAACCAAAUGACACAUUUUGUACAUCCUUUGUGAAUAUCAUGAAGGCCCCUGAGGGGACUUAAAAUCAGUAACAUGGAGCCUGGGGAGAAAACGUCUAUCGGGAAAGUUUAGGAUGAAGCUUUUCUUUUAUUCAGUCCUAUUUAGUUCUAAAAUAAAUUGUGCUUGAUUUCUUGGAGAAGAAAGACCUCAUUUGCACUGAUUCACUAGGUAACAGCCUCAGAACCUUAAUAUCAUAUGUUAGGCAUAGCUGGAUGUGAAGCCCCAGAUUCCGUUGCCAGAGCCCUUUGCCUCCAUCUCUGGACCUUACAGUUUUUGCUCCCUGGCCUCACUUUCAGGCUGCCCCCCUCUUGUAAUGGGAAAGAAGAGAACAGUGUCAGCCAAAGUCAUGUCCUUAAGAUCCAUGAUCCAAAAAGAGAGAAUCUCCUUUACCUGGGGCCACAUGUCAGAUUCUAGAGAAUUAGACUAUUAGACUAUUGUCUUCCCUGGAUCACCUGCCCUUGAAUUACACCAGUCCCGGUGGAAAAAGGAAUAGAGCCAGGCUCUCAGCCAGGCCUGGGUCUCAUAAUUCCCAUGAGGAUCACACUUGUUGAGUGAUGGGCUUCUUCUCAAAAAGAAAAGAGGAUUCAGUUCAAACUGUAAAAAUAGAUGUGUUCACUAUGGAAAGCAAGAGUAAAAAACAUGAAAUGCUUGAAAAAGUUUAGAAUCACAGUAAUUUUAUUCUGGUCACUUAAUACAGUACAGAGCUGAAUAUGAAUCCAAAUUUUCAACUUUAUUUUCAGUUUUGAAGAAUGAAGAACCAUGGCUUCUUUAUAACAUCCACAGGUUAUUGGAGUUAAAGCAGUCAAGGUAUUCUGUAGCUCGUUUCUUUUAAAUGCUCACAUAAAGUUGUGAGGAUUCCACACAGCACUAGUCCUUGUUGCCGAACCCCAGAGGUCUACUGCAUGUACUACUUUUCACUGAGAAAGGGAAAGUGAUGGUUUUAUUACUUAAGUGCUACAAGUUUUAUUAAGAAUAACUUUGAUAAGGAAUCUUACUAAAAUUGUUAUUGAACUCUUAGUAACAGCUUUAUUGAGAGCUUCAUUUGGAGAAAUUCACAUGCUAUAAAAUUUACCCUCGAACUAUAUACAAUUCAGUUGUUUUGUAUUUUGAUUUUUCAGCCAGAGUUGUGCAACAUUACCAUUAAUUCCAGAACAUUUUCAUCUCCCCAAAGAGAAACCCCAUACCCUUGAGCAGUUACUUCCAUUCUCCUCUUUCCCCGAGCACCCAGCAGCCAUUAAUAUACCUUCUCUGUCCGUAGAUUUGCCUUUGUAGAAUUAUACAUGGCCUUUUGUGACUGGCUUCUUCCACUUACAGUGUUUUCAAGGCUCAUCCAUAUGUAGCAUCUCUCUGUACUUAAUUCAUUUUUGCAGAAUAAUAUUCCACAGCAUAGCUAGACUGCAUUGUAUUUAUCCAUUCAUCAGUCAUUUGCACCUUCGGGCUAUUAUGACUAAUGUUAUAAUAGGGUAUACAGGUGGUCCUGGAAUAUGUAUUUAUUAAACGUCGUUUUGUUAUAACACUGAUGUGAUGCUGUAGAAGCAUAACUCUUGUUUAUAUCAAUUAGCCUGUGGUAAAAAUUGGUUUCAUUAUAGGCUGUUUCACUUGAAGUCCAGAACCUAUCAAUGACGUUAAGUGAGAAUUUACUGUAUACCUAAGAGUGGUAUUACUGGGUCAUUUAACUCAAUGCUUUGAUGAGUUGCCACACUUCUCCACCGUGGCUACACCAGCAUCGAAGGAAGAUUUCAGUUUGUCUACAUCGUUACCAACAGUUGUUAUUUUCCAUCUAUUUGAUAAUAGACAUUCUAGGUUUGAAGUGCUAUCUGCUAUCUAAUUGGGAUUUCAAUUGGCAUUUCCCUAAGGGUUAUGAUGUUUGGCAUGUUUUCAGGUGCUUAUUGGCCACUUUUAUAUCUUUGGAGAACUGUCUGCUCAAGUCCUUUAUCCAUUUUUCAACUGAGUUAUUUUUUUUAUUAUUGAGUUGUAAGAGUUCUUUAUAUGUUGUGUAUACAAGUUUCUUAAACACAAAUCAAUGGUAAAUGUUUCCUCCCAAUUUGUGAUUUGUCUUCACUUUCUUUAUGCUGUAUUUUGAAACAAAUUUUAAUGUUGAUGAAUUCAAUUUAUCUGUUUUUAUUUUGUUUAUCUGAAAAAACCACUGCCUAACCCAUUUAUGGACAUUUAUUCCUAUGUUUUCAUGUAAGAGUUUAUAGUUUUAGUUUAUGUGUAGCUCUAUAAUCCAUUUAAAAAAUAAUUUCUGAUACUUUCAUUAGUAACUGUAUAAUUAGUGGUAUAAUAGAAUAUACCUAAUGUAAAAUUUAUUAUCUUUACCACUUUUUAAGUAUAUAAUUUAACAAUGUUAAGUAUAUUCACCUUGUUAUACAACCAAUCUCUGGAACAUUUUUCAUCUUACAAAACUGAAACAUUAUACCCAUUAGACGACCCCUCAUCACCCUGUCCCUCCAACCCCUGGCAGCCACCGUCUACUGAUGGUGAGCACCAUUUCAUGUUGUUGUUGGGCAUUUGUAAACCUUUUUUGGAGAAAUGCCUACUCAGGUUCUUUGCCCAUUUUUAAGUAGGAUUGUGUGCUCUUUUGUUGAAUUCUAGUUCUUUGUAUAUGCUAGGUAUUACCCGUUUACAGAUAUAUGAUUUGUAAUAUUUUCUCCCAUUUCUUUUCAUUCUGUUGAUUGUGUUCUUUGAUUGAUAUAGUCCACUUUAUCUGUUUUUACUUUUGUUGCUUAUGCUUUUGGUGUCAUAUCCACAAAAUCAUUGCUCAGUCUAAUAAAGUUCUUUCCUUACAUUUUA